UUUCCCUCAAAAUCACGAGGGUAACACAACAAAGAUCUGAUAAUGCAACCAAACCCAUUGAUAGGAAUAACAUUAUGACUCUACCUCAGACCAUGCUUGGAACACCUCCAUUACUACUUAUAAAUUGGCUCUGGAGAGUCUCAUCUAGUACCUUUGAUUGCUCACAAAGAGGCUUCAGGGUUUUGAUGUUCUAUACAAGAUAUUAUUAUUACUAUUGCUUGAUGGCUUCUUCUUCUUCUUCUUCUUCAUCAACUUCGUUAGUUUCAACAGAGAAGUUCAAGUUAUUCCAUUCGAUUGAUCGAGAACUUUAUAGCCUUCUAGUGAUCAAUCUAUGGAGGGACCCUGUAGAGUCUCUGCAAAUACUGGCCUUAUGGUUAUGGAUGGAAAGAAUUGGUUACAGCAAUGUUGUAAAGAAAAUCCUUUCUUUACCUUCAAUUUUGAUAAAUGAAUUAGCAGAUGAAGCAAUCAUAUGCCUCACCUGCAUAAACCAAGAUCAAUUCACUUCCCAAAAUAGCGAUAUCCCUCUAAUGCAAAGUUUAAUGGAGAAAGAAGUUUCUCUUAAACAUUUUCACGAAAACCGGUUUAGUGCAAUUCAAGGGGUGGCAAAAAUUGUGAAUGAAGUGUGCAUAAGGGCAGUGCACGAUAUAAUGCAGCAAGCGAUUGAAAGAAAUGCUACUCAAAAAGUGAUGACUGCCCAUCAACCUACGGUUGUGGUCGGGGUACCCGAAGAGGAGAGGACAAUGUUUGUGACCUUCUCUAAGGGCUACCCUGUGGAAGCAUGGGAAGUGAGGGAAUUUUUUACUAGGAGAUUUGGUGAUUGUAUCGAGUCCCUUCAUAUGCAGGAAGUUGAGUCACAGCAGCAAUCGUUGUUUGCUCGCAUUGUCUUCAACUCACCAUCAAUCAUUCAGGUGAUUCUUAGUGGGCUUGACAAAGCAAAAUUCAACAUUAAUGGCAAACAUGUUUGGGCUAGAAAAUUUGUGCCAAAGCGCCCAUAAGAUUGGAUUUCAUAUGUUUAAUUAGUAGUACCCUGUCAUGGAAGAAUGAAAAAAAUCCUCGAAAUUUACAGUAGAAUAAGCAAAUAGAGUUACAUUAUUGUGUGGUGCAUUACUGCUCCAAUUUAUCUAUCCAUGUAAUGAAAUUGAAAGUAAAUUUGGAGAUAAUGGUUAUUAGUGAAA